AUGGCUCAUAGACCUAUCUUACAUGAUGUGGACUUUUCUAGUAUCUCAGUGGAAGAUGCAAGUUGGUUAGAUCGGCCUUUUGAAGAGGAAGAGGUGUUGGGGGUGAUCAAUGAUUUUAAUGGUGAUAAGGUAGUGUUUGAGAAGAGUCUUAAUGCUUCGCUCCUUGCCCUUAUUCCCAAGAAAGUGGAUGCUGUGGAGGUCAAGGACUUUCGGCCUAUUAGCUUAUUUGGGGAAUUUAUAAGAUUAUUUCUAAGUAGAUUGAAGUCAGAAGUUCCAGGUGUGUUGUGUAAAUUGGAUGUGGAGAAAGCGUAUGAUCAUUUUUCCAUUCUGAUCAAUGGUAGCCCAUCUGAUUUCUUCGGAAGUUCUAAGGGGCUUCGGCAAGGGGAUCCAUUAUCUCCAUUGUUGUUUGAUAUUGUGAUAGAGGCAUUAAGUCGUAUGUUGGAUGUGGCUGCCUCUACUGGGCAAUUCUCAGGCUUUUCUGUGGGUAGUACGGCCGGUCCAUCGAUGAUGGUGUCUCACAUUUUAUUUGCAGAUGACACACUGAUUUUUUGUGAUGCUAAUCCUUCUCAGAUUGCUAAUUUGAGGGCAAUUCUUACUAGAUUUGAGGUAUCAGGGCUUCGUAUUAAUUUGGGGAAAUCUGAGUUGGUACCUGUUGGUAGGGUGUAUAAUUUGGAGACUUUGGUUGGUCUGUUGGGGUGUGGGCAAUCUUCUCUACCCUUGAAAUAUUUGGGCCUUCCAUUAGGUGCAAAGUUUAAGGAUUUAUCUGUUUGGAAUCCUAUCCUAGAGAGAAUGGAGAGGAGAUUAGCAAGUUGGAAGAGAAUGUAUUGUCUAAAGGGGGUUGGGAGGUUGGGAAGCUUUAAUUCUGCCUUGAGAGGAAAAUGGUUGUGGAGGUAUGGCAUGGAGACUGAUGUUUUAUGGAGGAGGGUUAUAGAGGCAAAAUAUGGGAAUAUUUGGGGUGGUUGGUGUAUGAAAAAGGUGACAAAUCCUUAUGGGGUCAGCCUAUGGAGAUACAUUAGAAGUGGCUGGUUGAAUUUCUCUAAACUCCUUGUAUAUGAUGUGGGGGUUACUAAAGGGAAAUUUUGGAAGCAUGUGUGGUGCAGGGAUUGUACUCUCCAAGAGGCCUUUUCAGAGCUUUAUUGUAUUAGUAGGUCAAAGGAUUCCUCGGUGGCUGAAAUUAUGGGUUGGUCUAUUGGAAGGUCUCACUGGAAUGUGCAAUUUCGUCGUCCACCACAAGAUUGGGAAGAAGGAACCUUUGAUCGGUUUAUGGGGUUGGUCUAUUCUUCAACAGUGCGGGGGUUUGGCCCAAAUAAGGUUUGUUGGAAGCCUACAAGGAAUAGAGGUUUUGAGGUUGAAGGAUAUUGUAGCUCCUUCUAUCCUCCUAAUCUUGUUUCCUUCUCAUGGAGAAUGACAUGGCACUCGAAGGUUCCUCCAAGGGUGGCUUUCUUUUCUUGGUCUGCAUCCUUAGGUAAGAUCUUAAUGACAGACAACCUUCGUAAAAGAUGUGUGAUAGUGCUUGACUGGUGCUAUAUGUGUAAGAGUUGUGGGGAGUCGGUGGAUCAUCUUCUACUUCAUUGCUCCAUAGCUUGA